CUAGAGAUAUGAAAUUUGUGGAUUAGGGCUUUUCAUCAGCGAAAAAAUGGGGCGAAGAAAGGUAGAAAUUAAGCGAAUCCAAGAUAAAAACUGCAGGCAAGUUGCUUUUUGUAAACGGAGAAAAGGUUUAUUGAAGAAAGCAAAAGAAAUUUCCAUUCUCUGCGAUGUCGAUGUUGCGGUUGUUAUCAUCUCGAAUCGUGGCAGGCUCCAUGAAUUCUCCAGCAAUAACAGUCUGUCAGGGAUGCUUCAACGAUAUGAAAGUCAUGUUGAUGCCGAAAAAGAGAUCAAUGCAGAAAUCCAGGUCGCAGAGCACUCGAAAUACUCAGGGUUCACAACAAUGGGAGAACUGCUACAAACAACAGAAAGGCAACUCGAGGAAACAAAUGCUGAUGGUCUCACUGUGACUGACCUUAUGCAUUUGGAAAACGAACUUCAAACUGCUCUAAUAAAAGUCAGAUCUAGAAAGACACAUUUGAUGCUUGAAUGUGCUAAGGAUCUUCAUGAGAAGGGAAAACUGCUGCAAGAGGAAAAGAAACAGCUGGAGGACAAUAUAGCUAGUAUCAAGAAAAACACAAAAGUGAAUGAGAUGUCUGACCUUCCAGCACCCCACAUAAUUAGUGGACAACAGAGAGUUACCCUGAAUUUCCUCUAGUGAUUAUCGUUGUAUUCGUCGAAAAGCCUUGCUUGUGCACCAGAGGAACCUGCAAAAUUCGUUUAAUAAAACUAAUUAUUCAUCCUUGUUCUUGUUUCCAUUGGAUGAUGAUUAAGUUAUUUCUCUACUUUGAACAUAUACUAAAGGGUGACUUAUAUGCCUAUUUUUCCCUCUUUAAGUUGUAUAAUGUAUUUGAAAUUCAUUCUUCACAAGUACCCUGCACAUUAUUUCUUUGGAGAUUGUUAUGACUUUUUUGUGAAGAGGAAUACUGCAAAAGUAAAUAUAUGUGUCAUUUAAGUUGGGUU